CCGGAGCGGCGGAAUCGUUGCAACAUGUGUUCAACUGUGGACUCCGCUCUCUGCUGCUUGUUGUCGUGUUUUGCGGAAGCGAGUUGCGCCUCCAAAUAGCUGGAAACGAAACUCGGACUGCGGCGCUCAGAUCAGCUCACGAUGUUCCACUUCCAGCCGCCGGUUUGAGGACGAGGGAUGGACACAGACAGGAGUGAAGCUGGAGGAGGAAACCCGGAGGUGGAGGAUGAGUUUGCGUGUGCCGGGAUGCUACGAGGAUCUCUGACCUCCAUCCACGGCUCCGUGGAGCGAAUCUUCAGGGUGACGUUCAGCAUCGGGGCCGACGGUUUGCCUCCCGGAGACGACGGUCAGAUCUGGCUGAAGCUCCGAGGGCCGAGCAGCAACGUGGAGGCUGCCAAACUGUUUGUGAAGGGCGUUGUGAACCAGGAGGAGCAGCAGGAGGUUUCGUAUCCGGGGGUCCUUCACUGCGUUUUCUGUGGAGCCAAAGGGCUGUUCAUGGACAGCCUGAUUAAAAACACCUCCGCACUUAUAGUGGUCGGCUCUCCAGGCUUCUUGCUGAUAUCAGGUUUAGCCGAGCCGGUGGUCCGGGCCUAUUCUCUCAUCACAGACCUGGUGGAGCGAUAUGAGGGCACACAGUCCCGACGCUCCGAGGCCCUGGACAGAGGUUCAGGCGAAUCCCUGGAUUCACGCCGGGCCUUUAAAGCUCUGGUGGAGAAAUGGGAGGACAGACACAUCCUGGAUCUCCUCGUGCUUCCAGUGUCAGUGAAGGAAAUCCUGCUGGAUUUGGUGAAAGAAUCAGGGCUCGGAUCAAACCCGAACCCGAUGCCGACUCAUGCAAAAACCCAGGAAAGGUCCCACAUGGAUGCAGAGGAUCGAUGGGACAAACAAACACCUGAUCGUUGGGCUGAAGGGGCGACUGCAGGUAAAGACUCCUUCUUCCGGCGUUUGUCCUCCUCGACGGGCAGCAGAGGGAAGGCAGAGGGAGCUGAAGAAAGACCCAAACAUUCUCCUCAGGAGGUGGGAGAAGACGUGGAAACGUCAGGUACCCGGCAGAAAGAUGGAGCCGAUGUAGAGCAGGAGGUGCAGCUGUCAACUGGAAAGGAGUUCUGGCUUCUCUUGAAGUUCUUCACAGCCAUGGGCUACAGCGAGGACGUCGUGAAGCGAGUCCUCGCCCGAACGGGACCCAAAGAGGCUUCGCAGAUUCUGGACUUGGUUCAGCAGGCGCAGGAUCGCAGCGACCGCGAGCAGAACAGUCCAGGUGUCCCAGAACCAAAACAUCAAGACGCCAUGAAUCAAACCGAAAGGAACCGACCCUGUGAGACGGAGCACAGGGAGGACGAAGGAGCAGCAGGAGGAGAUAAAGUCAAGAUCAGUAAUGGAGAAGCUGAAGGAGGAGAGGGCAGUGCAGAGGAGAUGGAACAAGAGGAAGACUUUGUCCUAGGAGUGUUGAAGAAAGCUGCAGCCAGCUGUGGGUACGACGAGCAGAACGUGGCCAAAGCCUACAACAUGUUUCCUGAUCGAUCCACCCACGAGCUGCUCCUGGAGCUGCAGAGGGAGGGCAGCAAGGAGACGGACGCCUUCAGGGACGAGCCGAGGGAGAUGGACGACGUGGUGCUGCAGAAGGACGAAGCAAGAGCAGAAACUGAGCUUUUUAUAGCCGCAAACAGGAGUGAAACUGGUCAGAGAGGACAGAUGAACCUCGUCGCACCUAAAGUAGAUCCAGAUAUAUUUGCUUGGGUGAAUAACACCCAGCCGUCGAGUCAACACACGUCCCAUCCAAAGCAGCACCACACAUCAAAGUCACAAAUCAUCCUUCCUGAAGUCAAAGGGCCUCCCAUGCCGACUUAUCCCUCAUCCGUGGAUCACCCACUCAAUCUGCAGUCCAACAAGCAGCAAACCGUCUACUGGCCCAGUCAGUCCACCUCUAAACCAAACCACCAUCCAAAGCCCCAGCCUGCCUUAAAGCAAGCGCUCCAGGCUCCUCGUCCUCCCGUCUUCACCGGUAAAGACUCGUCUCCCACCAGAAACAGAGACCGACAGAGCUUCUCGUCCUCGGUGGUGGUGACAGGAGAGCAGCGGUUCCUCGAAGGCCUGCAGACGCCCUUCGAGCUGAAGCUGACGGAUAAACCCGGAGAUCCCAAACUGAGGACGAUCAUCAUUGACGCCAGCAAUGUGGCUAUGAGCCACGGUCUGGGUCAUUUCUUCUCCUGUCGAGGAAUCGCUCUGGCUGUGCAGCACUUCUGGGACCGAGGCCACCGAGACAUCAGCGCUCUGCUGCCACAGUGGAGGCAGAAGAGCGACCCCAGGAACAAAGAGCAGCACUACCUGACGGAGCUGCAGAAGGUGGGCCUGCUCUCCUACACGCCCUCCAGAGAGGUCCAGGGCAAGAGGAUCAGCUCGUACGACGACAGACUGAUACUGCAGCAUGCACAGAAGACGGACGGCGUGAUCGUAACCAACGACAACCUGAGAGACCUCUCAGACGAGUCUCCUGUGUGGAGGGACAUCAUCAAGAAGAGACUCCUGCAGUACACGUUUGUGGGAGAUCACUUCAUGGUUCCUGACGACCCUCUGGGAAGAGGAGGACCUCACCUGGACGACUUCCUGCGUUCAGAGCACAGGACGCCUCAUCCAGGGAAUCACUCCUUUGCUGGUUCGGCCUCAGCGUUCCCUCCCUCCAGAGCUCCUCGCUCCCAGACCGAGGUCUUGAACUUCCGGGACCGAGCGCUAGGGGGCGCUGUGGACGGAGGCGGCCGGGGUCGAGAGCGAGGACAGCGGAGGGGCUGGCAGCACGGAGGUCCAGCUGUGGACAGGAGUCUGGAGGAAACAGCAGCUCUGAGGGAGCAGCUCUGUCAGGUGUUCUCUGGUCAGGACAACAUGGUGACUCUGGUGCUGCAGUGUCACCCAGCAGAGACCGACGUCAACGUGCUGUCAGAUCUGAUCCUGGAGCAGCAAACGGAAUAGAAAUGACUCUUUAAUGGAGAGUUUCCUUGCUGAAAUUUGCCAGAUUUACCUGUGUGUCCCGUCAAACUCCAUCUGCUUACCUGUUGAAGCCAGAAUCAGUUUCAGCUCCUGCUUGGCUGCUUUUCUCUGCUCUGCAUCCCCUCUGCCAUCUCUUUUUAUAAUUUUACACAUUUUACGCCGAUCCUGUUCGGGUGAGAGGACCACAAUAGGAAAAUAAACGAGGCUAGAAAGGACCGACAGCUAUUCAGAAGGCUGAGAGAAGUCGUACAUAGAUGGAGGAUUUACCAGAUAAGUUUUUGAAGGAUCAGAUCAUUCAACUAACCUUAAUGUAAGUCAAAGAUAACCCAAGAAAACACAACAUGCAGUUUUAAAAUGAUGGUUUUCAUUAUUGAAGGAAAAAUACUGCCCACCCCAUCUUGCCCAAUGUGAAAAAGUAAUUGCCCCCCUUAGCUACCAAAUGAUCAAAUUCAUUCAUCCGUUGGGUUCAGUUUCUCCAUCCACACUCACAUAUGAUUACUGCCAGGCUUGUUGAACCUAAACAUCACUAAAUAGAACCUGUCUUCAUUGUGAAGUAGCUAAAGGCUCUGAAAAAGCAGCACAUGAUGCCACGUUCUAAAGAGAUUCAAGAACAGAUGAGGAACAAAGUCAUUGACAUUCAUCAGUCUGGAGGGUUCCAAAGCCAUUGCUGAGGCUCUGGGACUCCAGAGAACCACAGUGAGAGACAUUAUCCACAAAUGGAGAAACAUGGAACAGUGGAGAACCUUCCCAGGAGUGGACCAACCACCAACAUUUCUCCAAGAGCAUCAACAUCUAAUCCAGGAGGUCACAGAAGAACCAGAGGAACAUCUAAAGAUCUGCAGACCUCACUGGCCUCAGUUAAGAUCCAUCUACAUGAUUCUACAAUAAGGAAGACUCUGGGAGGAAAUGGAUCCAUGGGAGAGUUGGAAGGAUCAAACCACUACUGACCAAAAAGAACAUAAAGAUUCAUCUGGUAUUUACAAAAAAACAUCUGGAUGAGCUCCAAGACUUUGGGAUAAUAUCCUGUGGACUGAUGAGUCAAAGGUGGAACUUUCUGGAAGACAUGGGUCCGUUCCAUCUGGUGUGAAGCUAAUACUGCAUUCCACAAGAAGAACAUGAUACCAGCAGUGAAACAUGGUGGUGGUAGUGUGAUGGUUGGAGGACCUGGACGACUUGUCAUCACUGAUGGAGCCAUGAAUUCUGCUCUCUAUCAGUAAAUCCUCCUGGAGAACAUCCACCAUCAGUUCAUGACCUAAAGCUCAACACUAAUGGUUUAUGCAGCAAGACAAAGACCCAAAGACCACAAGGAAGUCCACCUCUGAGUGGCUCAGAAAGAACCAAAUGAAGUUCUGGAGUUGAAUCUAAUUGUGAUGAGUCCAAGGAACUGUGGUUCAACUGUAAUGUCUUAAAAACUAUCAAUAAACAUUAUUUUUAUAGAUCUUUCUUCACAAUGUCACAAAAUGUUUCACCAAGAAAUAGGGAAAAAAAUGAGUCAGAAAAACAUGAACCCAGAGUUAUAUUUUACGACUUUUAAUCCAGAUUUCCCCUUAAUAGCUUUACCAAUCUCCUGGAUAAACAUAUUUUUGAUGCAAACUAACACAUGAACACAGUAAAUGACACCUGUUGACCUUCUUGGGGCUUUUACUUUGGAGGAAACAGCUGAAACGCAUCGGCUGGGUUUUUAACCAUCGUCUUCUGGGUUUUUGUGGGUUUCAGGAGCAGAUUUGCAGAAAGAAAUAAGCAAUAUAUGGUUGUUCAACAGAAGAUGUCUGUUUAUUUUAAAAUCAAACUAUUGCAGCAAUAGAUUUAAAGCAGAGGUACACGGCUAGCACUGCUAAUAAGCCUAUGAACUUCUAUAUCUGUGCACUGUGUUUUAUAUUUUUAUUUAUUUUGAUGUUGUCAUGACUUUAAAAUCCUAGAAAGUGUACCUGGGUGAGGACCAAACUAGAACAUGAUCAAAUAAAGACCUUUUUAUUCACAUCUCCAGUGUUUGAAUAUCAGAUUUGCCUGCAAAAACACACAAAAAAAGUGAACUGUAACUAUUUGCGUUGUAUAUUUUAGUGCAUUUUAAGACCUUAUUAAAGUAUUUCUUAAUUGA